UAGAGGGGUCAAAUCACUGUACCUGGGUUUGAAAAAAACAAACAAAACAUCUAAAGUUCAUGGAACAUCACUGAAGUGGUUUCAGUCCGACAUAUAUACCGAAAUGGAUGACGACAAGAGGAAGGAGUCGCAGAAUGGCUCCACUGACCACAGCAUGGACGCUCUUACCAAAGACAAGCAGAUCGUUAAGGCCACUGUGCUUCAAAAAGAUGUUGGUCUGUUGAGUGGCAUCUGUCUGAUUGUUGGGACGAUGAUCGGAUCUGGGAUCUUCAUUUCUCCGAAGUCUGUUCUGCUGUACUCUGGAGCUGUGGGGCCGUGCCUCCUCAUCUGGGCUGCUUGUGGCGUGUUAGCCACUGUGGGAGCACUGUGCUACGCUGAGCUUGGCACCAUGAUCACCAAAUCAGGGGGAGAUUAUUCAUAUUUAAUGGAGGGGUUUGGCCCCCUUGUCGCCUACCUUUACUCCUGGACCACCGUCAUGGUGUUGAAGCCCUCUGCCUUCGCCAUCAUCACACUGAGCUUCGCAGAAUACGCCUCCACCCCUUUCUACCCCGGCUGCACUCCUCCCCUUGUUGUUACGAAGUGUCUGUCAGCGGCAGCCAUAUUUUUGAUCGUCUCAGUCAACUGUCUGAGUGUCAAACUGGCGAGCUACGUGCAGAACUUAUUCACUGCAGCUAAACUCUUCAUCAUUCUGGUCAUAGUGGUAGCUGGCAUCGUUAUGUUGGCUCAAGGAAACACUGAGACUUUGUCAAAUGCGUUUGACGGUGCAUCUUCGUCCUUUGGAGCAUUUGGACUUGCAUUUUAUAAUGGGCUUUGGGCUUAUGAUGGAUGGAAUCAACUGAAUUUUAUCACAGAGGAGCUGAAAGACCCAUACAGAAACCUGCCCCUGGCCAUUCUCAUUGGAAUCCCCUUGGUUUCCGUGUGCUAUGUGUUGGUCAACGUUUCUUACUUCACUGUUAUGACGACCACUGAACUGCUGCAGUCUCCAGCUGUUGCUGUGACUUUUGGAGACAGAGUUCUUCACCCAAUGUCCUGGAUCAUUCCUCUCUUUGUUGUCUUUUCCACGUUCGGCUCUGCCAAUGGAAGUUGCUUCACUGCUGGCAGAGUAGAAGGACAAGUGCCGAUUGUCCUGCCAGUAAUAGUGGUGCUGGUGUCCUGUUACCUAGUCCUGGCCCCCAUCGUUGAUAAGCCAGAACUGGAAUACCUCUACUGUGCCAUCUUCAUCUUCAGCGGAUUUCUCCUCUACUACCCUUUCGUCCAUGUGAAGGUCAAAUGGGCUCGCAGACUCAUGAGGCCUAUUACUAUGCACCUGCAGCUGCUGAUGGAGGUUGUUCCUCCUGAGAAAACUGAAUGAGAAACGGACACGAGUGAGAACCAGGUCAAUUUCUGUUGCUUGUUGUGAAAUGCUGGGUCUGGUUUUGGAAAUAAUGGGCUGGAGAUUUGGCUUCUGGAACUGGAGCUGGGCCACAGUCAAAAAUCAGAGCUAGCUCCCGCUGAAUAUCUGUGUGGCAAAAGUAAAAGCACAUACUGUUUUCAUGACCUUGUUAACCAGGUUACUUCUGUAGAUAUUUUCAACAACACAGCCAGACAGACCAUAUCCAGGUGAUGUCUCUCUCCACACGAAGAAGUAGCCUCCAUUUAAUCUCAUCGAAUGCGACUGAAUGUUUGGUAGAAUUUUACUUUCACUGCACUUAUAGCUAAGCUGUCAAGUUAAACUAUUUCCUCAUGUAGUCAAUGACAACAGUGCCAAAGAUUUAGAUACGCGCAAAUCAGCACUCGAGCAAAGGGAAAGGGUCAAAAUGCAUUAAGGAAAAUACACAAAUGUUGGGCAGGAGAUCAUAAGCAAUAGCAAUCAUAAGAUGUUUACUCCAUGAUGUUUGUAUAUUAUUUAAUGAUGCUCUCUCUCCUUUCACACUGGAAUAUAUUGGAACAGUACUGCAUUGUGUAACCUGGUGUUUAAUAAAGGUAUUAAUCUUUGUGAGCAUGAA